CAAUUGCAGUUGAGGUCCGUCCGUCGACCGUAGCUGUCAUAAAAUCUCAUAUUUUUUGUCCCAGGAUAUACGCGUAGGGCAAUUCUAUAUCAUAUUAUCGUGAUAUCGCGUAGGUAAUUAUAUGUAUCGCAACUAUCGGGACACCAUGAGGGCCAGUGGUUUUCAAAGGUUCGAUUCGUUCGCGAUGGACAAUAAUUGCAGCAACGCGCGCCGGCAGUUAAUGGAACCUAAAAUGAUAAAGGAAGAAGCGAUCGAACGUGAUUCAGGUAUUCUCACAGACGAAACAGCUAUAAAUAACAACAAUAACAAGGAAUCUGCAUUUAGAAUUCACAUUCGUAAAUCAAAAAUCAAAUCCAAAGACGCGGGCUUCUCGUCAACGUCCACUAGCGAUUCAUCGGGCGAACACUUGCUGAGCCCCACGCACCCGUUACCAACGCGAAUCGACGUUGAAUCUGAAAGUUCGAGUCCACCGUCUGACACGUUCAGGAAUCACUCUAAACUCAAAAGGUUUCUGACUACACUGGUGCAAUUCAGUGGACAGAUAUCGUCGCAGACUAGUGAACGAGUUAAGGGUCAGAUCUUUACCCUAGUGAAUAAUUUGAUAAGUGUUGAAGAAUUUCAUCAUAAUAUACAAGAAAUGACAAAUUUCCCAUUACGACCAUUUGUACUGCCGUUUUUAAGGACUCACUUACCUUCACUACAACGUGAUCUGUUGUUAAUGGCUCGUAACAAUAAACAGACAUUAAGCCAGUACCUGAAACAGCACGAGAACGCGUAUUUAGACCGAGAUUCGCAGGCUACCGAACCGUCAGAGAUCUUUCACCAAGUGGAGCGAGUCCCUCCGCCGUCCCCUAUGCCACGCGAGAACAACAACACCAAUGGAAACAACAACAACAGCAACAGCAGCAGUAACAACAACAACGGCAUUAUUGGAAACGGCCAUAAGCGACCUUACCUGUCGGCUGACAGCUACUACGAGACCGGUGGUUACGCGGCCGACCUGGAGUACCAGCAGCCGUGCGUCAAGCGGCCGAAUCUCGGCUACGCCAUACCGUUCAUGUACCAUCAUCCGCACCUUCAUCCGCAGGAACCACCACCACCACCACCACUGCCACCACCUCCAUCGCACCCGUACAACAUACUGCCAUUGCUGCAUAUACGCGAAGCGGAAGACCAUAAAGGUCACGUGGAGGAUGAAUGGAAGAACAUACAUGUGAUGUUGAACUGUAUAUUAAGUAUGGUGGAAAAGACAAAAAAAGCAUUGGGAAUACUCCAAGAGCGGGGCAUGGCCGAGACGAGUUUUCCGGACUGGAAUAGAAAGAAGUCGACGGAAGAAAUUUUAGCGCAGACAGUACGACAUACGGAAGAAAGGAUCGAAAUCAUCAAAAAGAAAGCUGAGGACUCUAUGAAUGAGAUACGACAUCAGGCUAUGAUAGAGUUGCAAAAGCUCGUGUUGGCCGCCGAAAACAAAAUGAUCGAAUUGGUGGCUACGGAAAGAACGAAAAUGAGCAAUAACUGCAGGAGUUCAGGCACAGCCAGUCUACAGAUAUCGCCAUCGCUGAUUUCGCAAUAUAACAGCUGUUGGAAUUGCGGCCGAAAGGCGAACGAGACGUGCAGCGGGUGCAACACGGCGCAGUAUUGCAGUUCGUUCUGUCAGCAUAAAGACUGGGAGACACACCACCAGACAUGCUGUGUGCACUCGGCCGCUGCGGCCACCGCCACUACCACAGUCGAUGCGGCCUCGUCACCGGGUAAGAAACAACAACAACCGCCGCCGCCGCCGCCGCCGUCAUCAUCCACAACCGCAGCUUCGUCAUCGUCGGCUGCAGACGAUCUAUCUACAAAUCGAGCGCAAUCGACGGCAGCGGCCACACCAUCAUUGUCGUCGUCGUCGUCGUCGUUACUUAAGACAGACGAAUAUGCGUCGCAGCAGUCAUCGGUUGCCACAGCCACUGCCACUGCGACGACGACCACCGUCACGGCGACUACGACCACGUCGACUACCACGACAACGACGGCCGUCAGCUCGAAACAACAACAGCAACAAUAGCAACUCGGCGGCGGUGACGUAGACGACGACGCCGACGAUGACUGUGACCCAGCCGCCGGACCCGCCGCCUCCCGCCGCCGUCAACGUCGCCGCCAUUAUCACCGCCAAAACAUGCACCGCAGACGAGUCGAAGCAGGUCUUCUGGCCUGCAGCACUACCAGUCUCGUACCGCGGGAAUACUAUCAAUAGGGAAUUAAAAAACGAUGAUCGGAGUUUAGACAUCAAACUAUGUAUAGGGGGUGCCAUAAAAAAACAGAUAGAUUUUGAAAAUCAAAAAAACCUCAAAAUAUUGGUAUUGUAUUUAUAAGAUGUUUUAACAUCGAAAUGAAUGCAGUAUCGUGAACACGAUAUCGUCCAUAUGCUAGCCAUUUUCACGCAGCUACACUUGGUUAGGCAUUUUGUGAAGUUUAAGAACACUCGUGCAGAAAUCAUCUCACAAUUUGAAUGUUACAAUGACUGGUUUUGCUAUAGUUCGACAAAAAUAUCUCUACUACGAACACGCGGUGUUCCUUGGAUAAAGACAUGAUGAUAACGGAAACUGUUUGGGUCUACCUCUACCAACAAAAUAGUCACAGUCCCUCUACCCCCUACCCAUCAACGAGUAACACCUGGUUAAAAUUCAUCCGUUUAUUAUAUAGCACACAUUGUAUGUGUUGUUAUGCACGUAAUACGCUUAUCAAACCCAUAUAGCUUUCGUGUACUUUGCUUUCUUGCACAUUUACUAAUAUAUAUCGUUUAAACGGUUCGAAGGUAUAUAGUUCUAUUGAAACAAUUUUUUCGAAUGAAAAAAAAUUAAAUCUUUUACGAUUUUAACUGUGAUGUAUUUUCCGAGUUUUAUCCUUGGAAUAGUUUAUUGUCGACCUUUCAUCUAGAUAUGUCGAAUUCCACUUAAAACUUUUAAUGAAUACAAUAUUAACGAUCAAUUAUUAUAUACUCGAUUUUUACUUUAUCUCACCCUGAUUUGUCAAAUUCUUCAGAAUAAAAUUUGAAAGUAUAAGAUUUACGAUUUUAUUUCUAAAAAUUGUAUUGGAUUUAAAAAUAACACUAUACUAGAUAAAGAUAGUCUUAUAAGUUAUUAUCUUCUAAAUAAUAUAGUAUAGGCACAUUAGACACACUAUAAGUAUAGAAUAGGUAGAUGUUAUAAAUUAUAAUACUGUAUAAAAUUGUAUAAGUUCAAAAAGUGCUCUACACGAUUUUUUUUACAAUUUAAUAAUAAUAUUUUGUUUUACAUAACCACUUUUAAGCUUAAUUUUAUCUAUUUUAAAUGUUCAAGCCAUGCAUGUCCGCGGUAUCGCCGCAUUUUAUCUAUAAGACGAUUUUUUUGUAACGUCAUAAUAUGCUACAUAUACGGGAUGAAAUAUUCAAUAUAAUACUAUUAUUAUUUUAGAAACAUUAAACAAAAUACUUAUGUUACAUGAUUUCAAGUCAGCUUUUCGGUCCCACCACACGUAUAUUGCUCAACUAUAUUCUUUUGCUUUAAUUGUUACCACUAUGUUUGAAUCAUCUAUCCUUAUUAUUUCUUCGUUCUAAUCUCAUGUGUUUUUGUUUCUUUUGGGGCCUAAAUCUUGCAACUCCUUUCUUUCAAAUUUUGCUUAGCUCUGUUUAUCGGUUUUUGUAGCCCAUGUCUUACGUGCAUAUAGCGUUAUUAACAUAUAGUACUCAGUUAUUUUCGUUUCUAAAAAUUUGAAGUAUUGGAUAUGUAUUAUUAUUUAUAUUUACAUUGUACACUGUACGGCUGAUUACGGCCAAUUUUGUAAUGGUUCAAAGGAUUUUGCGAUCGGCCGUAUACUUUGCGUAAUUUAGGACUAAAGAUAUAUUAUAAACGUAAUCAGCUGUAAACAGUAAUGACACUGUGAACUGUUUUAUUAGUGAUGUCAAUAUGUCAUAAUCAUAAAUGCUAUUGUUUUAACCAGGGAGGAUUUAGUUCGUUUAUUUGAAUACUUUUUUUUUACUUCUAUCGUUAUUGUUGACGACAUUUUCGUAAAACUUAAUUGUAUGUACAUGUACACAAAUACAUUAUUACUUAUUAAGCAUGUAUUAUAGUAUUAUACUAAUAUUAGAAGAAAAAUGUUAUUUAUUUUCUUAGUCGAUCUAAAAUCUAGGAUAAACAUCACCGUACUUAUAAACUCGUAACAGAAAAAAAUGGUUAAUUAUAUUGUAAUACAAUUAAUAAUUCUACGCUCUACGCACACACUGUAAAUGAGAAUAUUUAAAUAAUUAUUUAGGUAGAUAAAUUUGUGUAUUAGGACUAUAUGCGGUCACAUAUGGCAUUUAAUAAUAUAUCAUUAGCGUUUUUUAAUCGUAUACUCGUAAUACUUGAUAAUAAUUGUUAUGAAUGUUAUGAUCAUUAUUAUUGUUGUUAAAAUUCUUCAACCGUUUGAACUUAAAACAUCACUAGUCACUACUGCCGAUUGAUGGACAUUUUGUAUAAAAUAUAAUAUAUUAUACUCGACGGUCUCGACGCGUCAUACAUAAACAAAACAAAUCUCACUCAUGCUCAUUUAAAUCUACUAUAAUUAUUAUAGUAUAUUGUAUGUAUAAUGACAUAAUGUACAGUACCUAGUACCUUAUAUAAAUUUAAAAUAAAUUGAAACUACAUAUUACCUACUUGUUGAAUAAUAAUAUUUGUACAAUUGUACCAACAUUGUGAUCUCAGUUACAGUCUCAUUUUAAGUACCUAAAUAGUAUAAUAUACUCUAAAACUUUUACAAAGCUAUCUUCUUGACGAUGAUAAAUCAUUUAAAACUAAUUUGACAAUUUCUGUAUAAUGUAUCAGAUGCGUACACCGUAUACGUAAAUGGAAACUGGGUUUAAUCGAGGCUGUGCAUAAAAUAUAAAAUUACAUUAUAAUUUAGUAGCUAGUCGCUUUCGAGCGCUACAUUUUGACCUCCAAAAGUUGUUUGCAUGCACGGCCUGACUUGGUCCAUAACAUUUUAAAAAUCUAUCCGACCAGGCCAAAAUUAUAAAUAAUACCUUUAUUACUCUAAUAUACCUAAAUAAAAUGUAAUCCCUAAUAGCCCAGUUUUAAAAUAUGUUUGUGGUAAUACAACGAUAUUAGUCUAUGAUGUAUGUUUAUACAAAAAUAAUGUAAACUUGAAUUCACGAGAGCGUGUAUAAUACGCUAUACUAAAUGUCUAAAUAGGUAUGUUAAUUUCUAAUUGCAUACAAUAAACUUCGUAAGUAUUUAAUACAUAUCCAAGCCAAUAAAGUACUUACAACAUUAUCAGAAUAUAAAAUAGGUAUGACAUUACUUAUAUUCUGUACUUCUAUAUACGUAUAAAAAUGUAGGCAACAACCUUUUUUAUGAUCAUUUGUUGGUUUUUAACGUUGUAUCUCUAAUAUUUUAACAAAGAACAAACCGUUUAGAGCAUUGAAUUUCUAAACGUAAAAUAUCGAAUUAGAUAAUUAUUUAAAAAAAACUUUAAAAAAAACCAUAUCUUUAAUACCUAUUACCUUAUUUUAUAAAAUCUAAUAAUUGUAUUAUUUUGUCGACUAAAAUCUUGUACAGCGCGCACAGAUAAGAUAUAACAUAAGUGCUUUUAACUUUGUAUAAUUUAUACUUUUGACGUAAGGCAUAGGUUACGCAUAACAGUUUAUUAUCUAGCAUUCUAGCACACAAAUAUUGUGUAUGGUAUAUAGAAGAUAAUAAUAUUCGUUUCGUAAAUAAUAUGCCUGUACCUAUAUUGUAUAUCUUCGGGGCUAGAGCCUGGAAUUAAGUUUAUUUGCACCUGGUAGGUGCAAAGAAAAUCUAUAAAAUGUAAUAAUAUUAUGUUGCUACUUCUCAAAAUUUGACACCCCUAUAAUAUUUCGGUCUAAAAAUAAAAUUGUGCUUCCAAGUCACCGUUAUAAUAAAUAGUUAUAAAAUAAUCUAUUUCUAUUGCAGUGACAUAUGACACACACACACAUAUAUAUUUAUAUAUAUGACUAUAUAUAGAACAAUUAUCAUAGUAUCUACAUAUUUAUAUGGUAUAAUAUAAUAUAACGGUGUAUAAAAAAAGGUAUAUGCUAGUAUAGUAAUAUGAACUUACUCACUCUUACUUAAUACUAAAAUCUUUCCAUUUUAUGUUUCGCAGCUAAUAGGUUUAGAAAUUUGUGUUAUUUAAUAGUAUUACCUAUUAUUAUGUAUUAUUACUUAUUUUUAUAAAUUACCUAGUCGUUGAUCUCGUUUUUGAGCUUUUUUCUCGCAUUUAUUGUAAUUUCUAUUGAACAAUACAUAACAACGGCACUGUUAUUUCAUAGUCUAGUCAAUUUUGUUGUCGACCCGUACGGACUACGGGAAAUUAUUAAAACAACAAAAUACACACACCAUAUUUUUUUUUUUUGUUUUUUUUUUUCAAUACUGUAAAUAUAAAAUAU